GCGGCGGCGGCGGGGGGGAGGGGUGCGGCUGGAGCGGAGCGGAGCGCGCCAUGGAGCCGGGCGGCCGCAACAAGGCGGUGUUGCCGCCACCGCCGCCGCCGCCUCAGUCGCAGCCCCCUGCGGGCGGCACCGGUGCCACGGACGACAAGGCCGGCGGCAAGGAGCGUCGGGAGCUCAGCGACAAGGAGAAGGAGCAGGAGUUGUCUGAGGAAGACAAACAACUUCAGGAUGAACUGGAGAUGCUGGUGGAGCGGCUCGGGGAGAAGGACACAUCCCUCUACAGACCAGCCCUGGAGGAGCUGCGGAGGCAAAUCCGCUCUUCGACAACCUCCAUGACCUCGGUGCCAAAGCCUCUUAAAUUUCUGCGUCCACACUAUGGCAAGCUGAAGGAGAUCUAUGAGAACAUGAAGCCUGGGGAGAAUAAGCGCUUUGCAGCUGACAUCAUCUCUGUCCUGGCCAUGACCAUGAGUGGGGAGCGUGAAUGUCUGAAGUACCGACUAGUGGGUUCUCAGGAGGAGCUGGCCUCAUGGGGCCAUGAAUAUGUUCGGCAUCUGGCAGGCGAAGUAGCCAAGGAAUGGCAGGAGCUAGAUGAAGCCGAGAAGUCUCAGCGAGAGCCCCUGCUUACCCUGGUGAAGGAGAUCGUCCCUUACAACAUGGCCCACAAUGCAGAGCACGAGGCCUGCGACCUGCUCAUGGAGAUCGAGCAGAUGGACAUGCUGGAGAAGGACAUUGACGACAACGCCUACGCCAAAGUCUGUCUCUAUCUCACCAGCUGUGUGAGUUACGUGCCAGAGCCUGAGAACUCGGCCCUGCUCCGCUGUGCCCUGGGGGUCUUCCGAAAGUUCAGCCGCUUCCCCGAGGCCCUGCGCCUCGCCCUGAUGCUUAAUGACAUGGAACUGGUGGAAGACAUCUUCACCUCCUGCAAGGACGUAGUGGUUCAGAAGCAAAUGGCCUUUAUGCUGGGCCGGCACGGGGUUUUCUUGGAACUGAGUGAAGAUGUCGAGGAGUACGAGGAUCUGACUGAGAUCAUGUCCAAUGUGCAGCUCAAUAGCAACUUCUUGGCCUUGGCGAGGGAGCUCGACAUCAUGGAGCCCAAGGUGCCUGAUGACAUUUAUAAAACCCACCUUGAAAACAACAGGUUUGGGGGCAGCGGCUCCCAGGUGGACUCGGCUCGCAUGAAUCUGGCAGCCUCCUUUGUGAACGGCUUUGUCAACGCAGCCUUCGGCCAGGAUAAACUGCUCACAGAUGACGGUAACAAGUGGCUGUACAAGAACAAGGAUCACGGGAUGCUGAGUGCAGCUGCCUCCCUGGGCAUGAUCCUCCUUUGGGAUGUGGAUGGGGGCCUCACCCAGAUCGAUAAGUACCUCUACUCCUCCGAGGAUUAUAUUAAGUCAGGAGCACUUCUUGCCUGUGGCAUCGUGAACUCAGGAGUCCGAAAUGAGUGUGACCCAGCCUUAGCACUGCUCUCAGACUAUGUCUUACAUAACAGCAAUACCAUGCGGCUUGGCGCUAUCUUUGGCCUUGGCCUGGCCUAUGCUGGCUCAAAUCGUGAGGAUGUCCUAACUCUGCUGUUGCCGGUGAUGGGAGACUCCAAAUCCAGUAUGGAGGUGGCAGGUGUUACAGCUUUGGCCUGUGGCAUGAUUGCUGUGGGUUCCUGCAAUGGAGAUGUUACGUCCACCAUCUUGCAGACCAUCAUGGAAAAGUCCGAGACCGAACUCAAGGAUACUUAUGCCCGUUGGCUUCCCCUCGGACUAGGCCUCAACCACCUUGGCAAGGGUGAGGCCAUUGAAGCCAUCCUCGCAGCUCUGGAGGUCGUGUCUGAACCCUUCCGGAGUUUUGCCAAUACCUUGGUGGACGUGUGUGCCUAUGCAGGUUCAGGGAACGUGCUGAAAGUUCAGCAGCUGCUUCACAUCUGCAGUGAGCACUUUGACUCCAAGGACAAGGAGGAGGACAAGGACAAGAAGGAGAAGAAGGACAAAGACAAGAAAGAGGCCCCUGCCGACAUGGGGGCACACCAGGGAGUGGCCGUCUUGGGCAUUGCCCUUAUUGCCAUGGGGGAGGAAAUUGGGGCAGAGAUGGCUCUUCGGACCUUUGGUCACUUGCUUAGGUAUGGAGAGCCUACCCUGCGCCGGGCUGUACCUCUGGCACUGGCUCUGAUCUCAGUCUCCAACCCAAGGCUCAACAUCUUGGACACCUUAAGCAAAUUCUCCCAUGAUGCUGACCCCGAGGUGUCCUAUAACUCCAUAUUUGCCAUGGGCAUGGUGGGCAGUGGUACCAACAACGCUCGCCUGGCUGCCAUGCUGCGCCAGCUAGCCCAGUACCAUGCCAAAGACCCAAACAAUCUCUUCAUGGUGCGCUUGGCCCAGGGCUUGACACAUUUGGGGAAGGGCACUCUCACCCUGUGCCCCUACCACAGUGAUCGGCAGCUUAUGAGUCAGGUUGCUGUGGCCGGCCUGCUCACUGUGCUCGUCUCCUUCCUGGAUGUCCGCAACAUCAUUCUGGGCAAGUCCCACUAUGUGCUCUAUGGAUUGGUGGCUGCCAUGCAGCCCCGAAUGCUGGUGACCUUUGAUGAGGAACUCCGGCCGUUGCCAGUGUCUGUCCGUGUGGGCCAGGCAGUGGAUGUGGUGGGCCAGGCUGGGAAGCCCAAGACCAUCACAGGGUUCCAGACGCACACCACCCCAGUGUUGCUGGCUCACGGUGAACGGGCAGAGCUAGCCACCGAGGAGUUUUUGCCUGUCACUCCCAUCCUGGAGGGCUUCGUAAUCUUGAGGAAGAACCCCAGCUAUGAUCUCUGAGGGGCCCUGGGGGCCCUGAACUUUGACUUGAGUCUGGGGGACUGGGCAAUACCUCUGUUCAGGGGUGGCUCUCCAACAGCCCUUUGGGGGAAGCUGUCUCCUUCCAUUUUUUGUUACAGAAAGAGAUGACUAUGUUGAAUUAAAGACCCUUUGGCCCUCUG